GGCCUAAAACCCUGCCGCUCUCCUCUUCCCCCACUCCACCCCAGCCCAGAAAACUCUCGCCCCGCCGCCGCAACGCAUCACGCUUUCCUCCGAUCCCCUCUCCCCUCCCUGAGCUAAGCACCCAUCCCACCCAAAUGGCGGCGGCGGCGAGGAACCUGGUGCUACGGCACCUCCGCUUGGCCGCGGCCCCCGCGUCGUCGGUGGCCCUCAGGCCGGCAGCGGCGCUGCAGGGGGCCCUGUCGGGGCGGCGGUGGAUGUCGUCAGAGGACGCCAAGGGGUCGUUCCUGGACAAGGACGAGGUCACCGAGCGCACCAUCAAGGUCGUCAAGAACUUCCAGAAGAUCGACGACCCAUCCAAGGUGAAAGCAGAUGCCCACUUCAAGGAUGAUCUUGGCCUAGACAGUUUGGAUGCAGUAGAGGUUGUUAUGUCCUUGGAAGAGGAAUUUGGCUCUGAGAUACCUGACAAUGAAGCUGACAAAAUUGACUCCAUUAAAGCUGCAGUGGACUUCAUCGCCUCGCACCCCAAAGCCAAAUGAGCAAAGGACUUGGUCCUCUACUUGUUCAAGUUUUUAAACAGUUCCUCUGCAUGCUGUACGUUUCUGGGGUUGUGCGCCAUGUUCAAUUUCGAGCACCGUCUUAUCCAAAUAAUAUGUUUGAUAUGAGAAGGACAACGUAUUCCUGUAUGAUGUUUUCGCUAGUUGUUAAAGAUCUAUGUCCUGAGUCUCCGGUUGUUUUGAAGACUGAGUUGCGAUUUUGAUUGUGUAUGACCAACUGAAGUAUCAAUUUACUCAUAUAUGCGCUGAAUGCUUGUAAUACAAGUCCUAUCAUCGUUUGCUUGUUUGAA